AUGGUACUCUAUGCAUUUAGUCGGCGGGCGCUGGAGUUGGUAGUCUGGGGCUUGACGAGUGUUGUCCUUGUGCAGAGUGUCAUCACAUCUUUCCUACCGCAGGUUCUCCCUAGCUUAAAUGAUCAGCACCAGAGCAGCUUCUUGACACCCCUCCUAGUUCAAUGCGGAAACAUCCAUAUCGUUUGGCAGCGAAGUACUGCAACAGGCCCGAACAACGUUGGCCCGUACUACCUUCAAAUCUAUACAUCGAUUUACAUUGUUCCGAUUAUCAUCCCCGUUGGGAACGUCCUGAUUUACGACUGGCAAGUCCCUUUCCCACCGGGCACCCUUUACCAAAUAUGCAUGUUCGACACAAACGGUAACACCGGAGGGUGUCAAGCCACGUACACAGUCAUUGCUAAUACAACAGUGACAACACCAACUUGUGCUAACGUUACAUUCCCGCCCCUCCUUUCCAUCGAUGCCCAAGUUAAUAAUGGGCCGCUGUCGCAGGUUGGUUGGAUCGAUCAAUGCAGCGACAUUUCCAUUACACCGAAAAACGGGACACCGCCAUAUUUGCUUACGAUUGCCCCUGCCCUACACCCACCGUACAACAUUAGUAGCCCAGACAUGCGGAGCAUCAAUUGGACAGUCAGUUUGUCAUGGGCAUCACCGUUCUUUAUCAGUGUCGUCGAUUCAGCUGGGAAUAUGUGGGCGAAUGGCCUCCUGCACAGUGGUCAAGGAAGCAGUUCUGCUUGUCUUGCGGGGAACACUACCAGUACUGGCUCCAGCACAGUCAAAUCAGUCGUAGCCAUCGGUUCUGGUGUCGGCGGACUGGCUCUCGGCCUCUUCAUUGGAGUCUUAACGGCUUUCUUUUUCUUGAGGCGGCACUACAAGAAGAAGGAUCAACGUCGAUCCGUAUAUAUGGCAGAUUCAAUGCCAAAUUCUCCUCAUGCGUUGCUCGAUCCUCCGACUACGAUGGGAACCUCUUCGCAGUAUGCGCCUAUACCAUUUGGAAAUGUUGCGGAUACUUCGUUGGGAAGCAGUAACCCCUCGUCUGCAAGUAAUUACAUGGGUCGCUCAUCGGGCUACGCUGUCGAACCUUUCGUAAUGCCAGGGGAAGAUGGCCGUCGUAGCGAACUCCCUUCCGGACCUGGUCGUGCACUUUCCGCUGGCAGUACUUCACAUGCGCCGCAAAACCAAGUCUAUGUCGUACACCACGAUAGCCAAGCACCCCCUGUUACUAUCUAUCAUGAAGAUGGUACACAGGUCGUCGAAUUGCCACCCAGGUAUCUUGCUGGAGCUUCCUCUCCAACGAGUGCACGAAGCGUAAGCGAUACCAGAAGCGACGGAGGACGGACGGAAUCAACUUCGGAGCCACCGUCAUUCCUUCGGGAGCAUCGAAGGCCAACUACGGUCAAGAAGCCCGCCAAGGAAACCAUCUAUUUGAGCAACCCAACAACGUAG